AAUUUAAUUAGAAGAUUUUAAAGAUGAGAGAAAUGAGAUAGCUUCGUCCAUCGAGAAACGUCGACAAUAAAAAGGGGCUAAAAGCGCGUCGGUGACUUGUACUCUCCAUCUCUUCUUCCUCUCUUUCACAUCUCUUUUCUCUCAAAUUCUCGACCCACAAGGAAAAUCAUCUCUACCUUGCGCAAAUUCAUCAGCCAUGUCGUACGAUUACCUCUUCAAAUACAUCAUCAUCGGAGACACAGGUGUGGGAAAAUCGUGCCUGCUUCUGCAAUUUACUGACAAGAGGUUCCAACCAGUCCACGAUCUCACCAUUGGUGUCGAGUUUGGUGCUCGGAUGGUCACCGUCGAUGGACGCCCCAUCAAACUCCAAAUUUGGGAUACCGCUGGACAAGAGUCUUUUCGAUCCAUCACCAGAUCGUACUACAGAGGAGCAGCCGGAGCUUUACUGGUUUACGACAUCACCAGGAGAGAGACGUUUAACCAUCUUGCGAGCUGGUUGGAGGAUGCUCGGCAACAUGCAAAUCCUAACAUGAGUAUUAUGCUGAUCGGGAACAAAUGUGAUCUUGCUCACAAGAGAGCUGUUAGCAAAGAGGAAGGAGAACAGUUUGCCAAAGAACAUGGACUGUUGUUCUUAGAAGCAUCUGCAAGAACAGCUCAAAAUGUUGAGGAGGCCUUCAUAAAGACUGCAGCAAAGAUCCUUCAGAACAUUCAGGAUGGUGUCUUUGAUGUAUCCAACGAGUCAUCAGGCAUUAAGGUGGGCUACGGGCGUCCUCAAGGUGCAGCUGGAGGAAGAGAUGGUGCGAUCUCACAGGGAGGUGGCUGUUGUGGUUAAAGAUCUCUGAAGAUGUGUCAACGGUCACACACAUAUUCUGAUGUAAUCUGGUGAUUCAGAAACUACUCUUGCUUUUUAUUAAUCUCUGCAAUUGGAAACACCAGAAAUGUAUAGUUUCACUUUCUUUCUCUAUUUUCCUGUUUGUCUUUACCAAAAAAACUAAACUGGUGCAUUUGAGAGUGAACAGCCUGAUCUUUAUAAACCAAGCAGGCGUUGGCUUCUUUAAAUCAAUUUGUUGCUUUGCACGUAAAGUCAAAGCUCUU